GUUCGAGUCGCGAAGUGAAACGAUCAACCUCUUGUGAUCAACGACAACAUUUGAUUCGGUGAAGACAGUGAAGUGAUCCGUCGUCUGUGGAAAGUUUGGCAAGGACAAUCCAUCGAAAAAAAAAAACAAACCAAACGAAAAUGUAUUUCGCAAAUUCCCGGUGGUUCGGCUUCGGUGUGGCGGUGAUCCUGGGACUGCUGGUGGCCACGUGUCCCGGCGAGGCCAAACCGGUGGACGUGUGGGACCAGCUGACGGCCGAGGGUGGCAAGAUGUUCUACAAAAUGUUGGAAUACCUGAGUGAUUACGACGAGUUUGACGAUGGCCGACACCAGAAGCGGGAGGGUUCGGCCCCGCUGCAGCAGCUGCAGACCAGCAAUCGGGUCGAGCAGCCAGCCGGAAGUGGUGUCAAGAAUGAAAAGUGCAAACUUCCGCUGCGGAAGGGAGUGUGCCGGGCGCUGCUGCCACGGUGGAGAUACGACCCCGAGUCCAAGAGCUGCCACGAGUUCACGUUCGGCGGCUGCGACGGCAACGCGAACAACUUCAUGACCUACGAAAAGUGCAUGGACACGUGCAAGGGAGUGUGAUCGUUUGGAGUUCGCCCAUCUCAAAACCAGCAGCAAACCAACCAACACGCCACGUGGUACAAAUCUAAGACAGAGAAAAAAAAAAGUGCGCCGUCCCAAGAGAAGAUAAAAAGAGAGAGAGAAAUUGCUUUCCUCCUUUUUCCCCGCCCCACCAAGUGAUACUUUUUAGGCUUUAAGUUAUCGGAAAGUAACUGUAAUAAUUAUACACGCAACAAUGUUUUUCGUUUUAAGAAUGUUUAAGGUAUUUAUUGAAUAAAUAUUUUUCGUUUUAACUAAAA